AUGUCUUAUUAUUUUGUCAUCAUAUCACCGGCCGACACUCCUUUGUUCGAAUUGACCUUUGGUACAUCGAAAGCUGGAGGGGAUGGAGUCGCUCGAUUUCGGAAUGGAGAGACGUCCCGGUACAUGAAUCAGUUCAUUGUUCAUGCGGCACUGGAUGUGGUGGAAGAAGUCCAAUGGCUGAGUCCGAACAUGUGGCUCAAAGUGAUCGACAACUAUGCUCCUACAAAUUCCCACAUCAGCUGCUUUAUUACCGGCACCAACGUCCGCUUCAUGCUUCUUCAUCAACCCUCGGCAAUUACCAAUGCCUCUGCGGGAAGUCGGACUUCUACAAUCUCUUCAACCUCGAUUCCUCAAAAUCCCACCAGUCCACAGACCGAAGAAGCUAUUCGCCAAUUCAUGAACGAGGUCUUUGAGCUAUGGGUCAAGACGUUGAUGAAUCCAUUCUACAGUAUCGGCAAACCCGUCACAAGUCCAAUGUUCAGACAAAGGGUCACUGCGGCAGGCCGAAAAUGGUUGUGA